UCUUCAUCUUCAUCUGCUGAGUUGUUUGGUGUUUUUCCAUUUACCUUCAUCUAAGCAGUGAGUAUGGGGAAAUCUAUGGUCAUCACGCUCAUACUUGUUGUCUCCCUCAGUUUAUUUAAUUUCCAUGUCUCCUCCGCUAAGCGUACCAUUCUGAUUGGAGACCGUCGAAUGUUACCUAGUUGUACAGACUGCCACAGAUAUACUUCUGAUCCUACUUGCUGCCAUUUGCCACAUCAUCCUAAUUUGUCACCACUCAUGGAGGAAGUGGAGCAUUCCUCACCACAGCAAAAAUCAGUGGAGAAGCAUUUCUCACCAGAUGAGAAAUCAGUAGAGCGUUUAUCAGCAGAUGAAAAAACGGCUUAAAAGAAAAAGCCUAAAAUAAGGCAGCUAAUCUGUUUUGAUGGUAUAAUGGAAUAAGUAUAGAUCUAAUUAUUUUUAUGGAGUUUUGGAGUUUUAAAGAUAGAGCGACUUUUUUUCAA